AGCAAAGGGGAGAAGUAGCAGCCGGAGAGUUGGGUACUGGUUAACACAGGUCUUCAAAUCGACUUUAUCUCUGAGACUCUCCAGUGAUGUAUGAAGAGUGAAAAAUCACAGUUAUGGAGGAGACUGUCUUAUGUCCACCAUGGAACUAACCCUUGGUUUCAGAUGACCAGCAGACCUUAAAGCUGUCUUUCAUCAGCCAAGCUAGAGAAAUUCCAUUCAUCAUGGCCUCAGAGUCACAUUCCACAGACAUGGAACGAGAAGUCACAUGCCCCAUCUGCCUAGACUGUCUGACAGACCCAGUGACCAUGGACUGUGGCCAUAACUUUUGUCGAGACUGCAUCAACAGCUACUGUGAGGCAUGGAAAGAACUGGGAGAAUUGGAGUGUCCUGUUUGCAAGGCCAAGAUUCAGGAAGGGAAUUUCCAGUGUAACUGGCAACUUGCAAACGUAGUUGAAAAAAUUAAACAGAUGCCCCAUAAUCCAGUGAGAGACAUUUGUUUGAGACACAAGAAAAAACUCCACCUGUUCUGCAAAGAUGAUGAAGAAUUGGUGUGUUGGAUUUGUGAACGAUCCCCAGAACACAGAGGUCAUAAAGCACUUAUCCUGAAAGAGGCUGCUCGACCAUAUAAGAAUCAGAUCCACAGCUGCCUGAAGACUGUGAGGAAUGAGAGGGACAAAAUUCAGGCAUAUAAAGUAGAUGCUGAAAAGGAAAGCCACAGCCUUCUUGAAAGAACUGAAUCAGAGAGGCAAAAGACAGUGGCUGAAUUCAGACAACUACAUCAGUUUUUGGACGAACAAGAAGAACUUCUGCUGGCCCAAAUGGAAGAAGCAGAGAAAGAGAUCACAAGAGAAAUGGACGAGUGCCUGGCCAGACUCUCCAGGGAGCUCUCCUUGCUUGAAAGUCUCAUCUGGGAGAUGGAGGAGAAGAUUCAACAGCCAGAUGUCGACCUCCUGCUGGAUAUCCGAAGCACCUUGCAAAGGUAUGAAAAGGACGAGCAGUUUGAGAAGCCUGUGGUUUUUCCUCCAGAGCUGAAGUGGAAGAUCUGGGACUGCUGGGAUAUCUGUUCCUUUCUGAAGGGUAUCAUUAAACAGUUCAAAGACAUGCUGGUACUUGGAUGUCAGCUGCAGAAAGCAAAUGUGACUCUGGAUCCAGACACAGCCCAUCCCCAACUCAUUCUGUCUGAGGAUCUCAGAAGUGUGAGAAUGGGAGACAAAGCUCAAGAUCUUCCUAACAAUCCUGAGAGAUUCGACUUUCGGCCUCUUCUUCUUGGUUCUAAGGGGUUCACAGCAGGCAGACAUUACUGGGAAGUUGAUGUGGGGCGUGAGGAAGGAUGGGCAGUGGGGGUCACCAGGAAGUCUGUGAGGAGGAAGGGCAGUAUCACAUUUAGUCCUGAGGGAGGGAUCUGGGCAGUGGAGAAGUGGGCUGGUGAGCACUAUGCUCUCAAUUAUCCACAGUUCUCUCCUCUGUCUCUGAGUAGUGAGCCCAAGAGGAUCCGCGUAUAUCUAAACUAUGAUGAGAGGCGAGUGACUUUUUAUGAUGCUGACACAGCAGUCCCACUGUACACAUUCUCAGAAGCCUCUUUCUCUGGACAGAUCAUUUUUCCCUUCUUUUGGGUGCGUAAUAAAGCCCACCUCAAACUGUUCCCAUAAGGUAGUCAUAUCUCCUUUACAGAUUGUUUUCCCACAGGCUUAUGUCCUCAAUAAGCGCUAGCAUGUUGGUGAUGCAAGACUUCCAUUUGCAGGAGCCAUGCUGAUUUUCCCUCAACUGGCUUUAUUCUUUUAUGUACUUCAUCAUUCUCAUAACAAUUUCUACUGAUUUUCCAUAUAAAAACAUCAUUUGCUCAGCUGGUCGCCUUCUUGGAGACGUUUGUGAAACUGAAA